CCAGCUGUUAUUGCAAUAAUCACACUUGUUUUGAAAUCUAAAUAAAAGUUUUGUUUCAAUUUAUUACGCAAAUAAUGAACAAUUUUUGCAAUGAGUUUUAUAUUAAAUUUUUUAAGGUCAAUAAUUGAAAACGUGUUACAGCUGUUGUCAUUUGGAAAGAAAAGCAUCACUAAUACUUUAAGUAUCUAUAUAAAAACGAAUACAGGAUGUACAUUGGCUGUUGAUUUAGAUCCAAAAUGGGAUAUCAAAAAUAUAAAACAAAUAAUAGCACCACAAUUAGGAUUACAACCAUGCGAAGUAAAAAUAAUAUUUGCUGGAAAAGAGCUUUGCGAUUCAACAGUUGUAGAGGAGUGUGACUUAGGUCAACGCAGCAUCAUACAUGCUAUUAAAACUCGCCGUAUAUCUGAUAACUUUUCAAAAAAUAUUAUUUCCGAUUCAAACGAUGAAGUGAAUUUCUAUGACGAUCAUGAACAUUGUUCAAAACCUUUGUGUGAAACUCUAGUUGAUUUACAACUUGAAAAGGAAGACAGAUUAAAUAUAUUACCUGAAGAACGAGAAAAGAAGAGGGCUCAUUUUUUUGUGUAUUGCGUUAAAUGUAAGAAAUUGUGUAUUGGUAAAUUACGAGUACGCUGUUCUAAAUGCAAAGGCGGAGCUUUUACUGUACAUAGAGAUCCUGAGUGUUGGGAGGAUGUUUUAAAACCCAGAAAAAUACGUGGACAUUGCGAAAGUAACGAUGAAGUGGUUUGCGUUGAUAACGAACAGGGAGAUCCACCUUUUGCCGAAUUUUAUUUUAAAUGUGCAGAACAUACUUCAGAGGGGGAAAAAGAUUACGCAAUACCAUUGAAUUUAGUAAAACACAAUAUUAAAGGAGUUCCUUGUUUAGCCUGUACGGAUGUGAGCGAAAAUGUUUUAGUUUUCCCGUGCAAAGAGAGACAUGUUACAUGCCUUGAAUGUUUUCGAAAUUAUUGCUUAUCAAGACUUAUGGAGAGGCAAUAUGUUUCUAAUCCAGAUAUAGGUUAUACUUUACCUUGUCCUGCUGGAUGCGAAGAAUCAUUUAUAGAAGAAAUACAUCAUUUUAACUUAUUAGCUAGUGAUGAAUAUGAGAGAUAUUUAAGAUUUGCAACUGAGGAGUAUGUACUUCAAGCGGGUGGAGUUUUAUGUCCUCAACCAGGCUGUGGAAUGGGCUUAAUUACUGAAGCUGAUUGUCUUAAAGUAACAUGUCAACAUGGAUGUAAUUAUGUGUUUUGUAAAAAUUGCCUUCAAGGAUAUCACAUAGGGGAAUGUUUGCAAGAUAAUAGUCUAUCAACAGAUUUAGGUUCUUGUGAUUAUGUUAUUGACCCAAGCAAAGCUGCAGAAGCUCGUUGGGAGGAAGCAAAUAAGGUUAUAAUAAAAACAUCUACAAAGCCCUGUCCUAAAUGUAGAACACCUACAGAGAGAGACGGCGGGUGCAUGCAUAUGGUAUGUACAAGAAGUGGAUGUGGAUUUGAAUGGUGUUGGAUUUGCCAAACUGGAUGGACAAGAGACUGUAUGGGAGCACAUUGGUUUGGAUAAAAUUUUGUAAUGAACACACUGCACUGUCUACUUAAAAAAACCAUAUAGUCUGACAAAUUUUACGCUUCUUCAAUAAUGUACUCACGAAAAAUAUCUUUUAAGCAUAAGAAAUAUUUUUAAUGUAAAUAUAACUGUUGAAAUGUAUAAUUAAUUGUAUCUGAAUUAAGUGUCCUACUACCGUUUCAGUCGUCCAAUAAAUUAGUACAUAUUUACAAAAAAAGUGAAGGGAGAUAUUGUUAUAGAGCAUUAACUUAAGUGAAAUAAAUUAUUAAACUGUAAAU